CUUCCUCUCUCUGUCUUUUCUCUCUCUCUCUCUCUCUCUCUCUCUCUCUCUAUUCUCUAAACAUAACUAACGUCAUCAAACAGCUGGACAAGGCUUUGAAAUCACGGAUUUCGUGAGUUUUUGUUUGUUUAUUUUUUUAGGAAACGACGGACCAGUUGUGACGUCAUGUUUUCAGCAGCGCUAAUGUUGUGGUUGAUUUAUCACAAAACAACGUCAGGGGACAAACACCAGGCAUGAAAACGGGUCAGGGGUGAAAAAGGUGAGGAGGAUAGGCGCGCGGGGGGGGGGGGGGUGCUGCUGGUGGUGACUUCCACGAACAUCGAUGUUGGCCGUUGUAUGAUAAUCUAUAGUUCCUCCAUUCUGACACCAAGUCAGUGAUCGGGCCUAUAAUACUAUAAUAAUAGUAAUAUUGUGUAUAAUAUGGUCAUUCAUGAACCAACUUCCUUUUUUUGUUGUUGGCGUGAACAAGUCUUCAAGUCUUGAGCUCUGCUGAGCCAUGAGUCUGUUCCUCGAGUCUGUUCUGCCUCUACCUGGUUGUCAUGAUCUUCUAUACCAUACCUGCCAUAAAUAUCAUGAUACAAUACCAUAAAAACAGUAUACCAUAAAUACGAUACUGGUAUAUUUAUCUAUAAUAGUAAUAAAUAAAAUAUCUGUAUGGUUCACUUUUUAACAACUUUUUCAACACUUAACAAAUGACAGUAAUAUUAGUAUUAAUACAGCCAGAUAUGAAUGAAACUACAUGGAGCCAUCAUAGCAUUGAUUAUACACUAUGAGGCCGUUAGUCUCUGACCAGAUGAUACCGAGUUCAUCAGGAUGAGCAGCUGUAGAGUUACAGAACUUUACAGACUGAAACAUUUACCUUCUGGCAUCUUUUUUUAUUUUUAUUUUUAAAGCCGAAAAUUCCGCCACUUAACGGCUCUCGCUGUGAGCGCUGCGCUGCGCGUGCAAACAGCUCGACACGGAGCAGCGCGUGCGCUCUGAUCACUCUUUUAAUUAAGUAUUGAGACAAAAAAUAUGCUAAAUCACAUCGCUCUUAACGUAUGGGUACUUUGUUAGGAUCGCUCCACCGUGCAGCGCGACAGCAGCAGAAGUAGCGGCUAACAUUCAAGCUAACCUAAACCACCAAACGCUGAAGACAUCUUGACGCUGAUUGGCCGAGACGCGACACGUCCCAUCAAAGAUGUUUUAUUGCAAAGAGCACCACUCCACAUUUUCUCCGUGUCCCACUCCAAUCUCAUAAACGCCGGCCGGCCAAUUGACCCCCCCUACCCCAAAACAAAACCUCUUCGGAUCUACACGAUUCACGUAAGUCACCUAUUUUGGUUUCAAAACGGCGAAUUUCGCCGAAAGGUGAGGGAUUCUCAUGCCUGAAACACGUCAUGACCUGUGUGUCUGAUGCUGCGCGUCAGAGGAGAAGGAGGUGCAGCCGUUCGGUGGCGCGAGGAGCACUGCGCGGAGGAGGAAGUGGAGGAGAAGGAGGGAGGAGCGCGGCGGGGGGGCGAAUUCUCACAAGAACUCAAAUAAAUGCCCCGUCGGAUAUUAAAACACAUUUGGGGGGAGUUCAUGGCAGAGAGAGUAACUUUUAUUCUUAAAUACUGAUGAAUGAAAAAAGUGGUCUCCAGCAAAAAGGGCACUUUACUCAUCCAGGGCAAAGGGGGAGGAGCUUGAGCACCACGAGGGCUCUAUCUGUGCACGUGCCCAUAUAAACCCUAGGCGGCAAUACAGGACGCCGCCAUUCUCAUGCUGCUCUUCCAUUGGCUCAUCAGAAGCUCGCGCGACAGCGUCGGCUGAACAAAAGAGAGAGGACCCGGUCCGGAGAGAGAGACGCACGAGACGCGCCGCCGGAGAGUCCCCGGAUGUUCCGUGGAGGCGUUGUAUUGAACAUGCCUCCGGUCUGAGCCUCGCGUCGCCAUGUCCGCUCGCGGUGUCCUCGCUUCCUGCCCCGCAGCCUAGUAGCAGCAGGGGGCGGUGUGUGUGUGUGUGUGUGUGUGUGUGUGGGGGGGGGGGGGGUCAAUAAAGAGAAAGAAAGAAGAGAGGACGCGUCACAAAGGGCGCACGAUGGUCGCCGGUGAGCUCAUGCAGGAGCAUCUGCGCCCGGCGGACACCGGCGGCGGCGCGCUGGACGACAUCGCGCCCGGCAGGAAGCCGGAGGAGGGAGCGGUGGAUCCGACGUACGGAGCGGCGCCGGCGGGCGGGGCCGGAGGGGAGGCGGAGGAGGCGGACGCGUACCGGGAGAAGGAGCUGCCGCCGCCGGCGGAUGAGAGGGACGCGAUGCUGCCCGGCGCGGGAGACGGAGGAGAGGCGCAGGUGACGCGCGAGACGCGGCUGUACCGGCGCCGGUUCGCGGUGCUGGCCGUGUUCGGCCUGUGCUCGCUGGUCAACUCCUUCCAGUGGAUCCAGUACAGCAUCAUCGCCAACGUGUUCUCGCGGUACUUCGGCGUGUCCAGCCUCGCGGUGGACUGGCUCUCCGUCGUCUACAUGGUGGCCUACGUGCCGCUCAUCUUCCCGGCCACCUGGCUGCUGGACCGGAAGGGCCUGCGGCUCACGGCGCUGCUGGGCGCCGGCUUCAACUGCGCCGGCGCGUGGCUCAAGUGCGCGAGCGUGAGCCCGCAGCGGUUCGCGGUGACACUGGCGGCGCAGGUGGUGUGCUCCGUGGCGCAGGUGUUCAUCCUCGGGCUGCCGUCGCGCGUCGCCUCGGUGUGGUUCGGGCCGCGCGAGGUGUCCACCGCGUGCGCCGCCGCCGUGCUGGGCAACCAGUUGGGCACGGCCAUCGGCUUCCUGUUGCCCCCGGUGCUCGUCCCCAACACGCCCGACGACGUGGAGCUCACCGGCCGAAACAUCAGCGUCAUGUUCUACGGCACGGCGGCCGUCUCCACCGUCCUGUUCAUCCUCACUGUUAUAGUGGUGAAGGACCGCCCCCUGCUGCCCCCGAGCCGCGCCCAGGCCGUGCUGCCCUCCUGCCCCCCGGAGGACUACUCCUACCAGAGGUCCCUCCUCAACCUGGGGAGGAACAGGGCCUUCCUCCUCCUCCUCGUCACCUACGGUAUCAUGACCGGCUCCUUCUACUCCGUCUCCACGCUGCUCAACCAGAUGAUCAUGGCCUGCUACGAGAACCAGGAGUUGAAUGCUGGGCGGAUCGGUUUGACUCUGGUCGUCUCCGGCAUGGUCGGCUCCAUCGUCUGUGGAGUCUGGCUGGACCGGACCAAGAUGUACAAGAUGACGACGCUGAUCGUGUACGGCCUGUCGUUCCUCGGCAUGCUGGUCUUCACCUUCACGCUGAACCUGAACAACAUCACCCUCGUCUUCUUCACGGCCGGAGCUCUGGGGUUCUUCAUGACGGGCUACCUGCCGCUGGGCUUUGAGUUCGGGGUGGAGAUCACGUACCCGGAGUCUGAAGGGACGUCGUCAGGACUCCUCAACGCCUUCGCCCAGUUAUUCGGGAUCAUCUUCACGCUGAUUCAGGGUAAACUCACCACAGACUACAAUCCGAUGAUUGGAAAUAUCUUCCUCUGCGCCUGGAUCUUCCUGGGAAUCCUGCUCAGUGCAUUAAUUAAAUCAGAACUGAAAAGACACAAUGUCAACAUGGAGGAGGACGACAAGCACAUGAAAGCACUUCCUGCCCUCCUCUCCUCGGAGGAGAAGUCCAACGGCGUCAAACCGGCGCCCUCGUCCGACUUCUCCCGUGAAACCUCACUCUGACCCCCCCCCCCCCCACCCCGGGGUGCUCACUUGAUUCAUUCUUUUUUAUUUAUUAAAACUUUUCAUUGUUUGGUCGAAGGAGUCGAAGCACAGAACCACGAGGGUCUGGAGCGAGCUGGUCUGAGAUCUGUUUGGGGCUCACGGGACGCCUGAGUUUGAUCCUGUCUCCAUGACGACGGGGCAGACCCCCCCCCCCCCCCACUGGUCUCUUUAUUCUCUGGAAUCCAUAAACAGCUGCAGUGAGAUGUUCAGAGUGGACACUAGGGGCGCGUCCUGGAGCUCUUCCUUUCCUCAACCCAGGAGGGGGAGGGGCCAAUCAAAGGGAGGGGCCAAUCAGAACGUCUCAUGCCUCUGAAGAAGGGGAAGGAGCGUCUGCAGUCGGUCCUUCAUGCACAAACCACGGCGGAGGGAAUGUGAACAGUGGAACGCACAGCGCGGAAAGAACACGAGUGUCAUGUGUAUGGCGCUACGACGGCGCCCCCUGGUGGCCGCUGAGGGGAGCGACCAGAGGAGAAGAGGAAGCAGCUCGUGGAUGAAAACUCGUCUGAUCGAUUCUCCUUUAAACAUUUAAUAAACAUUUUGUCUUCAUAAAGUUGACGAAAAGUUGCCAAGUUUAUAAUUACGAAAUAGAUGUGAAAUGAGUAAUUUGUCUAAUUCUAGUUUUUUAUUUGAGAGACUUAACUUAAUUUGUUUUUGGUAAAUUAUAUAUAUUUAAAACUUUUUAAAAAAAUGCAACAAACAAUCAGACUUUUAUAUUUUGGGCUCCAUGUUUUGCCUUUUAACAUUUUUUUAAUGCAGAACAAUGUUAAAAAAUGUGCAACAUUUAGAAAAGACAUCAAAGAAACUAUUAAAAGUUGAUAAUUAGCAAUUAAAUGUUUUUUAAUUGCUGAGUUGAUCAGAAGCAGCUUUACUCCACAGCGCUGAAGCUUCCGUUUAUUUAUUUAGUUGUAUUUCUUUUUCAAGCCUUAUAGAAUUAUUUCAUGUUUAUUAUUGUCUGAUAAUUUUUUUCUUCUGUAAGUUAACAAAUUAGGGUCUUACUUGUUGUUAUUGUCUAGUUUGUAUAACAAUCUGUAGAGCACUAUAAAAAUUCUGAGAAUUCAACGCGUGAAACAUUUAAUGUGUUACGUCUGCGCUUUGCUGUAUCUACGGUUUCUCUUGUGAGUGUGUGAGCUUGUUGAAUUGUUGACGAUAAGAACAUUGAGAAUAUCUGAGAACAAUGAAGCCGCAUCCUUAAAUUUAAACUGAUACUCCCCCCCCCCCCCCCCGUGUUUUCUGAGCGUCUGUGAAGCUGCCGCUGGUCAUGUCGUGUUCUAGAAUCAUAAACAUAAAGGACCUGAACACGUGACCAGACGAGGCUCCGGCUCACAUCACGACAAUAAAAUCAUUUCACUGCA